AUUGGGCGAAGCCCAAGUCUCGCAGAUGUCCAUUGGUCGAGGCAAAUCUCGCGACGCUUGGAGCCCUGCGAGGAGCGGGUGGGGAGCCCCGUGCGUUCUUUUUCCUGCCCGGUAGCGCUGAGGCGGCAACACGAUGCCUGGAGUAACUGUAAAAGACGUCAACCAGCAGGAGUUUGUACGGGCCCUUGCAGCCUUCCUCAAAAAGUCAGGUAAACUAAAGGUACCUGAAUGGGUGGACACAGUCAAACUAGCCAAGCACAAAGAAUUGGCUCCAUACGAUGAGAACUGGUUUUAUACCAGAGCUGCAUCCACAGCCCGCCACCUUUAUCUUCGGGGUGGUGCUGGAGUCGGCUCCAUGACCAAGAUCUAUGGGGGGCGCCAGCGCAAUGGUGUGAUGCCCAGUCACUUCAGCCGAGGUUCCAAAAGUGUUGCCAGGAGGGUGCUCCAGGCUUUGGAAGGGCUCAAAAUGGUGGAGAAGGACCAGGAUGGAGGUCGCAAGCUUACUCCUCAGGGACAGAGAGAUCUGGACAGGAUUGCUGGACAGGUGGCAGCUGCGAAUAAGAAACAUUAAAAUGGAGUUCAGUUUAAAAAUAAAGUUCUUUAUUUACUGAA